CCUUGUCUUCUUGAUUGAUUUCAAUUAUGCAUUUACCUUAUUUCAAUCUUUUAGAUUCCUAGUCAACUACAUCAGGAUGAUGACAGUGAGCAGCAGGUUGAUGAUAAUGAGUAGCAAGAUGAUGAGAGUGUGCAGCAGGUUGAUGAUAAUGAGCAGCAAGAUGAUGAUAGUCAGCAAUUACCAGUGCAGCCUACAAGAUUGAGAUGCUUCAUUUGUUGCAGAAACUAAUAAAAUAGGAAGUAAAACAAGAUUCAAAAAUUAAAGGCUAGCAUCACGGCUUGGUAGCCCAACCCAGACCACAGACUUCAAUGCUGAUUGUGAGGUUGGACUUUAUUUGCCAAAUUAAAACCUAUUAUGCAAUGGGUAUAGAGUAGCAUCAAAGUUUACCACUGAACUCAUUAGUCUUAUUGUACUGGUGUAUCACUUCUUUCUUCUACCAACUUAACUAUGAGGAAGGUUGUUGCUGAUUUUUUUAACAUUUGUAAAUUUGGUCCUUCCAAGCAUUUUUACCUUCUCUUAAUGUUUUGUAUUUGCUUGUGCAGGGUGAAAAUAAGAUUCAGAUCCAAGUAUAAAAGAGGAUACAAUUUUAAAAAAUGAAGUUGCUCAAACAAGUAUUGUGAAUGCAUGCAAGCAACUAGUUCUUCAAAUUAACCUGCAAGGAAUCAGGCUCUAAAACCAUAUGUGAUGUUGGUGACACCUUGCUGAAAAGCCGAAGUGCCAAGCACAACAAUCAUCUCAAAAGCCAUGGACACCUUUUGAUUUUUAUAAGAUCCAUACAUGAAUUCAGACUUGUAAUUAUAAUAGAUUUUGAAUUCAAGCUUGGAAGAAUCUGCAACUAAGGGGAUUCAGACCAUGGAGAUAGAAAUGGAAAACAAGCCAGUGAAUGCAAAACAUGGAUUGGAGUUCUAUUAGGUGUUAUGGUUUCAAUAGGGUUUGAUUGCUGUAAUUGUAGGCCAUCCAUUGGCCUUGAAACACCUAACAAAUGCUCAUCGAACGAACAAAAAGCAGUUAGAAAGGCACUGUCAUCAAGAGAAAUUAAGAAUGAUUCUGUUAUUGGACCAUAAGGUUUUAAUCUCUUGGAGGUGCUCAAUUUCAGUCAGCUGGAAGAGUGACAGGAUGUCGAUCAGUCUAUUAUACCUUGAGUAGGUUUCUUUCUGUUGAGUUGUCAUCGACUAAGGUGCACCCAGACUCCAGGGACAUCUCAACCCAUAAUGACUCUUAACUCCUUGAAAGUAUAUUUUGAGUAGAAUUAUGAUUAAGCUUGAAAUUCAUUUCAAGUAGAUAUGCUUUUCUUUAAUUCUUAUUUCUCAUUUCCAUUAUCAAUGCUACUUUGUGAUGCUCUUGUAAUUGACAUCAAAGUUCUCAUGUUUUAACAAAUGAACAGCAGGGAAUUCAAGAUGAAAACAGAGAGAGUCAACCAUGACAACCAGUAGCUAACCAUGGAAAUCAAUGGUAUAGUAUUGGAGACCCAGUGGUGGGAAACGUGGUUUGCUCAAUAUGUUUUUUUGUCUUGAAAUGGUGAUGAAGAGAUUUGAACCCACUUUCCAGCAUAGGUCACAUCUCUCCUGAUAAUUCAGCCAACACCAGCAAUGUCAUGUUUGCUAGCAGCCCAGGGAUGACAUGGCAAGUCUCUGAAGUGAAGAAAUUUCAUCCAAGAUCAAUCAAUGCAAAGUGGAAGAUGCAUAAAUAUUUAAGGCGAUCAAGUGCCAUAUUCUGUCAAAUUAGUUGCUAACCAACAGACAUGAAAUGUGGAAGGCCAAGUUAAACUUGCUAAUGCUGUCUUGAAUUUUGAUUGCAAUAAUGGAUGCAUUGCUAUUGAGUACAAAAGAGCGUUGUGAGAUUGGGUGUAUUGGGAAGCUUCUAUCGAAUCUAGGGACGAGAUUUUAGCAAUUGUAUCCAUUUCUUUAAGUAGUAGAAUUUCUACUUGGCUCUUCCAGCAAAAUUUUGUGGUUGUUCUUUUAUUGUUCUUUCAUCAUCUCUUAUUGUAUAAAAAUAGUUAGAGAAC